CAGAGUAAGAGGUGAACAGAAACAGUCAAAAAUGUGUAAAAGAGAAAGCGAACAGAGCAAGUGAUGAUGAAAGAAUGGAGAAAUGGCUGGAUGGAUCACCCUGCUAGCAGUUUUUCUGUCCUCAACAGUGUGCUGUGCAAAUUCAGAUAUGAUCUCUACGGUCAGCAAUAUAACACGCCUCUCCUCAGCCUGGGUUAGACCUGUAAAAGACUGGAGUUCUCCACUCAGCCUUUAUCUGGAUCUGCACGUCCUCAAAAUUCUCGAUGUGAAUGAAAAGGAAGAAACGGUCAAACUUCACAUUCGUCUAAGCCAGAGAUGGAGGGAUGAGUUUGUGUCAUGGGACCCCUCAUGGUAUGGAGGUCUGCCAAACUUUACUGUGCCAACCUCAAGACUCUGGACCCCCGAUAUCACCAUUAAAGAGGCUAUUGCCAUUCAUCGGCAGUACUCAGAGGGCUACGUAUGUGUGGAAUGGACAGGCUGGGUGAACAGGGUGGAGGAUAUAGUGCUGACUCUGCACUGUGAUCUGGCCAUGCUCCUGUUUCCAUUUGACCAGCAAAAGUGCAACAUUACCCUUUACCCUCAGCUGCACACAGAGCAGGAUGUGAUAUUGUAUGUGGACACCAGGGGGCGCUCUGAGUUUGACAGAAAAGGCCAUGGUGAAUGGGACUUAAUGGAGGUUAAAGUGUACACUUACAGUCUGAAACAGUACUCACAGCUCAGCUUUCAGGUGGAGUUGGGCCGGUACAGUCUGUUCUAUGUGCUGAAUCUGAUGGUGCCCAGUUUGAUGGUGAUGCUCAUUGAUGUUGCAGCCUUUGCAGUGCCGGUGAACUGUGCUGAGCGAAUCCCAUUCAAGGUCACUCUGCUUUUCGGCUACACCGUCUUUCUAGUCCUCAUCACUGACAUACUGCCACCAUUCAGAGACACCACACCUGUGCUGGGUGUUUACCUGGUGGUGUGCCUCAUACUGCUGUGUGUAAGUAUGGGGGAAAGUGUGUUGCUUCUGACGCUCGGACAGCCAGAUUCACAUACACACUCCACUCCACUGGAGAAGAUCAUACAGAGAGUGUCUCCUCAGCUCCUGAAGACAGAUGGGCCCAGUGAGCACCUCCGUGCAUACCGGCGGCAUGUUAACAGAGGUCUGAAGAGGUCAUUUGCUCUGAGGCAUGGCAGGGAGGGGCCAGGGCUGUGUGGGCGGGGCUGUGUGAUUGACAGGUUAAAGGAGGAGUUAGAAGAUGUUAGUGAGGAGUUGAGGAAGCUGAACCGGGUGAACGCUCAGCGCAGCUCCAGACUUCACCUGAUGGAGGCUCUGGACCGGUUCUGCUUCAAACUCUACAUCUCCACUCUGGCCGUGUUUGCACUCUCUCUCACACUGCUGUGGACUCUGAACAGAUGA